CUGUUCCCCGAGACCGGCCCCAGGCAAGGAGGGACCCGCCUGACCAUCACCGGCGAGAACUUGGGCCUGAAGUUCGAGGAUGUCCGCGGGGGUGUUAAAGUGGGCAAAGUGACCUGCAGCCCCAUCGAGAGCGAGUACAUCAGCGCCGAGCAGAUAGUGUGUGAAAUCGCAGAUGCCAGCUCGAGCAAGGUCCCCGAGGUGCGGGUGGAAGUGUGCAUCCGUGACUGCUCGACCAACUACCGCGCCGUGUCCUCCAAGAGCUUCACCUUCGUGACACCCACCUUCUCCCGCGUGGUCCCAGCUCGGGGUCCUCUCUCUGGUGGCACCUGGAUUGCCAUCGAAGGUAGCCACCUCAAUGCCGGCAGCAACGUCUCCGUGACCAUCGGGGGACGGCCUUGUGCGUUCUCAUGGAGAAGCGCCCGCGAGAUCCGGUGCAGGACUCCCCCCGGGCACACCCCCGGUGGCUCUCCCAUCCUCAUCAACAUCAACCGGGCGGAGCUGAGCAACCCGGAGGUGAAGUACAACUACACGGAGGACCCCACCAUCCAGAAGAUCGAUCCCGAGUGGAGCAUCAACAGCGGUGGGACGCUGCUGACUGUGACUGGCACCAACCUGGCCACCAUCAAAGAGCCCAGGAUCCGGGCCAAGUAUUCCAGCUCUGAAAGAGAGAAUAACUGCACCGUCUACAACGACACCACCAUGGUGUGCUAUGCACCCUCCAUCGACAACCCCCAGCGCAGCCCUCCCGAGCUCGGAGACCGCCCGGAUGAGAUCGGCUUUGUCAUGGAUAACGUCCAGGCUCUGCUGAUCAUCAACACCACCAACUUUGUCUACUACCCGGACCCUGUCUUCGAGCCGCUCAGCCCCACGGGGAUGCUGGAGCUGAAGCCCAGCUCUCCCCUCAUCCUCAAGGGCAAGAACCUCCUCCCACCAGCUGCUGGUAACUCCCGCCUGAACUACACGGUGCUGAUUGGGGACACUCCCUGCAUCCUGACCGUCUCCGAGACCCAGCUCCUCUGCGAGUCCCCCAACCUCACGGGCCAGCACAAAGUCACGAUCAAGGCUGGAGGGUUCGAGUUCUCCCCGGGGACGCUGCAGAUCUACUCGGACAGCCUGCUCACCUUGCCCGCCAUCAUCGGGAUCGGGGGCGGGGGCGGCCUGCUCCUCCUCAUCAUCAUCAUCGUCCUCAUCGCCUACAAGCGCAAGUCCCGGGAUGCUGACCGAACCCUGAAACGCCUCCAGCUGCAGAUGGACAACCUGGAGUCCCGGGUGGCCCUGGAGUGCAAAGAAGCCUUCGCAGAGCUGCAGACUGACAUUAAUGAGCUGACCAACGACCUGGACGGGGCCGGCAUCCCCUUUCUGGAUUACCGCACCUACGCCAUGCGGGUUCUCUUCCCGGGGAUAGAAGACCACCCCGUGCUGAAGGAGAUGGAGGUUCAGGCAAAUGUGGAGAAGUCCUUGACCCUCUUUGGGCAGCUCCUGAACAAGAAGCACUUCUUGCUGACCUUCAUCCGCACUCUGGAGGCUCAGCGGAGCUUCUCCAUGCGAGAUCGUGGCAACGUGGCCUCCCUCAUCAUGACAGCGCUGCAGGGCGAGAUGGAGUAUGCCACGGGAGUGCUGAAGCAGCUCCUCUCGGACCUCAUCGAGAAGAACCUGGAGAGUAAAAACCAUCCCAAGCUGCUCUUGCGGAGAACGGAGUCGGUGGCAGAGAAGAUGCUGACAAAUUGGUUCACGUUUCUGCUGUACAAGUUUCUGAAGGAGUGUGCUGGAGAACCACUUUUCAUGCUCUACUGUGCCAUCAAGCAGCAGAUGGAGAAGGGACCCAUUGAUGCCAUCACAGGAGAGGCUCGCUACUCCCUCAGUGAAGACAAGCUUAUCCGGCAGCAGAUUGACUACAAGAUGCUGACCCUCAACUGCGUGAACCCUGAGAAUGAGAACGCCCCUGAGAUCCCCGUCAAGGUGUUGAACUGUGACACCAUCACACAGGUGAAGGAGAAGCUGCUGGAUGCUGUCUACAAGGGGGUGCCCUAUUCCCAGCGACCCAAAGCUGGAGACAUGGACCUGGAGUGGCGGCAGGGCAGGAUGGCCCGGAUCAUACUGCAGGACGAAGAUGUCACCACGAAGAUCGACAAUGACUGGAAGAGGCUAAACACCCUGGCCCACUACCAGGUGACAGACGGCUCCUCGGUAGCCCUGGUGCCCAAGCAGAACUCAGCAUACAACAUUUCCAACUCCUCCACCUUCACCAAAUCCCUCAGCAGAUACGAGAGCAUGCUGAGGACAGCCAGCAGCCCCGACAGCCUGCGCUCGAGGACCCCCAUGAUCACCCCCGACCUGGAGAGCGGCACCAAGCUCUGGCACCUGGUGAAAAACCACGACCACAUGGACCAGCGGGAGGGCGACCGGGGCAGCAAGAUGGUCUCUGAAAUCUACCUGACCCGCCUGUUAGCCACCAAGGGCACCCUGCAGAAAUUUGUGGAUGACCUUUUUGAGACCAUCUUCAGCACAGCCCAUCGUGGGAGCGCGCUGCCCCUCGCCAUCAAAUACAUGUUUGAUUUCCUGGAUGAACAAGCUGACAAGCACCAGAUCAAUGACUACGAUGUCAGGCACACCUGGAAGAGUAACUGUCUACCUCUACGUUUUUGGGUGAAUGUGAUUAAGAACCCCCAGUUUGUGUUCGACAUUCACAAGAACAGUAUUACUGAUGCCUGCCUAUCCGUGGUGGCUCAGACUUUCAUGGACUCUUGCUCAACUUCUGAGCACAAGCUAGGAAAAGACUCUCCCUCCAACAAACUACUGUACGCCAAGGACAUCCCCAACUACAAGAGCUGGGUAGAAAGAUAUUAUGCAGAUAUAGCUAAAAUGCCAGCGAUCAGUGACCAGGACAUGAGCGCGUACCUGGCGGAGCAGUCGCGGUUACACCUCAGCCAGUUCAACAGCAUGAGUGCGCUGCACGAGAUCUACUCCUACAUCACCAAGUACAAGGAUGAGAUUUUAGCUGCCUUGGAGAAGGACGAGCAGGCCCGGCGGCAGCGGCUGAGGAGUAAGCUGGAGCAGGCGAUCGACACAAUGGCCUUAAGCAGCUGA